AUGGCAGGUAGCACGAAUCAUCACAACUCUCCGCUUCGACAAACGCCAACCCCUCAUUUCUCCCGUCCUCGACCAUGCUCUCCCACACACAUUCGUGUUAGCGAUAUCACGGUCGUUGAUGGCAUACCGCCAUACACACAGCAGUGCUUGGAAUUGGACAAUCAUAAGCUGUCUCGCAAAGAAAAAGUAGGAGACGAUCCCCCGUGGCCAAUCGAGCCGCAAUUCUCGAUCGACUUUGGGUUGUUGGAUUCCAAUCAAAGCAACGGCGAGUCAUCAGCCACGUCCCUUCAUCAGGUUCAGAAGCCUCGAGUCACUGUGAAUACCCGCUGUACUGCGAGAACUAUCGAGGGCACUCCCAUCGUGACAUUCAUCUCAACCACGUCUAUCAUUGCGCCACCCACCGAGGCUUCAAGAUCUUCCUCCCCUAUCACCACCACUAGCCAUUUCCGCCCUAUUGACCAGGCUGUGUGCAACAGCGAUGAUCGUAGUGAAGAAAUCGCAUCACCAGCCCAGGAUGAGUACCUUCGCGACAUCGAUAGCUUUCCGGCACCGGCUACAUACACCGUCACAAAUCACGGUCGCCCAUCAUUAGUCAAUUGCAGGAACGGCAGCGGCAGCAGUAGCUGUGACAGCAUGAACACCAUUCGUCAGAGCAAUGCGACUCCCACUGCUGCUUCGACAUCAUCCUUACAAUCAACACUCCAGGAUACCAGCGAUGAUCGCAAAUCGGCGACCAGACCUCCACUCAGCGUACAUUCUAGCCGCGGCCGGAGCAACAGCGAUAUCAGCCUGAUAUGCAGUGCCCAAAGCAGGGGCAAAAUCUUCAACAUUUCCGAACAGCCGACGCCGCCACCGAGGACAAGCAGCAAGAAUCGUACUGGCAUACAUCCUGCAUAUCGCAGAGUGGAGUGGUCGGAUUCUCGGGAAUUCGACUCCCCUUCGCGCUUACAUUUGCAACUUUCUCAUCCCCAUACAACACAUCCGGGUCUCCAACAUCGACGACAUACAUCCGACCUCGAAACGCAACGUCGUCGCAAUCAGGAACCGCUCAGAGGCAUCCUCAAGCCAUCGCGGGAUGCCGACGGGAAUAUUUACAGAUCAACCGCAUCAAAGUCUGAGGAGUCGGAUUUGAACUUGAGCAAGACUCGAAUCAACACCGGCCUCGUAGGGUCAGUGACGAACACUUCAAACUCAUUGACAGAGUCCUCUCCUAUAUCACUAGCAUCUUCGCAUGAUACUUACUCCUCCUUCUAUUCUAUUUAUCGACACGGUCGUCACUCCCACUCGACAUCAUCAAAUACCUCGACUGAUACAACAGCAUCAUCCGCUCCGAGCACAAUCGUCGAGGAAGGCGGCGAAGGCGGCGAUGUCCCCACCAGCCAUGCCCACAAUAGCGGGACUGUCAUAAGCAAUGAGGACCAGCGCAACGGAGGCGACUUUGACAGAAGCGAGUUCUACGGGUUCUACGGCACGCAGCCUGGCUCCAAUGAUCGCUCCUCAAACGGCGGUCGUCGUGUAGUCACCAUCCGUACCAGCAGCGGCGAUGUUGUAGAGAGAGGGCAAAUCAGGAGAAACGAAGCAAAAUCCGAAGACCAGAGCCGAAGUAGCACUCGUCGUCGCAGCUUCAGCAAUAUGAUAACUGGCCAUAAAGAGCCCAAGACGCAUGAUUCAAGCAAGAACGACAAAUCGCCUCGAUCGGUCGUCACCACAGCGUCUUCGACCUCCCCGGUCGCCCCACCUCCCUCACCAACACAGUCUCCCCUACGCACACAGUCCAGAACUAUCAUUCACCUCGUCCCACCGGCCUCGACGCCCCCGAGUUCUCAAGCUCCCCAUCUACCCCCUCUCAACCUCUCGGUCGAAAGUCCUUCACCCGUGAAGAAGAUCCAGAAGAAACUUACCCAGCCACAAUCCUCCUCCCAACGACAACCCAAGUCAAGUAAGAAACCCUUCAUAGCCUCAACUUUCGAUUACAGUACUCUCCUCACUGAAGCCGAGGCCGCACGCUUACGCAGUCGUGGCGUGAACCCGGCAUUGUGGGCGGAGAUGCGGGCGAUGAGGAAGGGUAAAGGUAAAGGUUUCGGGGCUUUGGUCGGAAAUGCCUAUGUCAGCUAG